UGUGAUGUCGCUAGUGCCAUCAGAAAGAAACGCCUGGACCCUCUUGCAGGUUAUGAAAAUCCCCUUAACUGCCACAGUUUGCUUACCUGGCUCAUCGCCUCCUGGACUUCAUAUCUUUGCUAAAGUCAGUGAUGUGAAAAGACUUGACAUGGAUGAUACUGCUGAUAGGAUGAGGAUGGAUGCUGGAGAAGUAACUUUAGUGAACCACAACUCUAUAUUCAAAACCCACCUCCUGCCACAAACAGGUUUUCCAGAGGACCAGCUUUCUCUUUCUGAGCAGCAGAUUUUACCUUCCAGGCAAGGAAAUUUGGACCUAUCUUUUACAUGUUCCACAGGAAAUACAGCUUACAAUCCAAGUUAUUACUCAGAAAACCCUUCCUCAGACAGUUUUCUUGGCUCAGGCGACUUAAGAACCUAUGCCCAGAGUGCAAAUGGCCAGUGGAGAAAUUCCACUCCAGCAUCAAGCUCAACUUUGCAAAAAUCGAGAAACAGCCGAAGUCUUUACCUUGAAACUCGAAAGACCUCAAGUGGAUUAUCAAACACUUUCACGGGAAAGUCAAACCAUCACUGCCAUGUGUCUGCAUAUGAAAAAUCUUUUCCUAUUAAGCCUGUUCCAAGUCCAUCUUGGGGUGGUUCAUGUCGUCGAAGCCUUUUGAGCCCCAAGAAAACUCCGAGGCGACAUGUUAGUACAGCAGAAGAGACAGUUCAAGAAGAGGAAAGGGAGAUUUACAGACAGCUGCUACAGAUGGUCACAGGGAAACAGUUUUCUGUAGCAAAACCCACCACACAUUUUCCAUUGCACCUAUCUAGAUGUCUUAGUUCCAGUAAGAAUACCUUGAAAGACUCAUUAUUUAAAAAUGGAAACUCUUGUGCAUCUCAGAUAAUUGGCUCUGAUACUUCAUCAUCUGGAUCUGCCAGCAUUUUAACUACCCAGGAACAGCUGUCCAAUAGUUUAUAUUCCUUAUCGUCUUUUACCCCAGAUGUUGUUUCAUUUGGAUCUAAAGAUUCUGAUCCUCUCCAUCAAUCCCACCAUCACCACUCUCUUCCACAUCAGCCAGAUAACUUACCAGCUUCACAUACACAAUCUGAAGGAUCAGACUCUGUGAUUUUACUCAAAGUGAAAGAAUCCCAAACUCCAACUCCCAGUCCUAUUUUCUUCCAGGCAGAGCUGUGGAUCAAAGAAUUAACUAGUGUUUAUGAUUCUCGAGCACGGGAAAGAUGGCGUCAGAUUGAAGAGCAGAAAGCACUGACAUUACAGCUUCAGAACCAGAGAUUGCAGGAACAGGAAUAUUCAGUACAUGAUUCAGUAGAACUGCAUCUUCGUGUACCUCUUGAAAAGGAGAUCCCUGUCACAAUCACUCAAGAAACAGAAAAAAAAGGUCAUAAGUUAACUGACAGUGGGAAUGAGUUUCCUGAAAUUACAGAGGAAAUGGAGAAAGAAAUAAAGAAUGUAUUUCGUAAUGGGAACCAGGAUGAAGUUCUUAGUGAAGCAUUCCGCUUGACCAUUACACGCAAAGAUAUUCAAACUCUAAACCAUCUGAAUUGGCUCAAUGAUGAGAUCAUCAAUUUCUACAUGAAUAUGCUGAUGGAGCGAAGUAAAGAGAAAGGAUUGCCAAGUGUGCAUGCAUUCAAUACCUUUUUCUUCACUAAGUUAAAAACAGCUGGUUAUCAGGCAGUGAAACGUUGGACAAAGAAAGUGGAUGUAUUUUCUGUUGACAUUCUUUUGGUGCCCAUUCACUUGGGAGUGCACUGGUGUCUAGCUGUUGUGGACUUUAGAAAGAAGAAUAUUACCUAUUAUGAUUCUAUGGGAGGGAUAAACAAUGAAGCCUGCAGGAUCCUCUUGCAAUACCUAAAGCAAGAAAGCAUUGACAAGAAAAGGAAAGAAUUUGACACCAAUGGCUGGCAACUCUUCAGCAAGAAAAGCCAGGAAAUUCCACAGCAGAUGAAUGGAAGUGACUGUGGGAUGUUUGCCUGCAAAUAUGCUGAUUGUAUUACCAAAGAUAGACCAAUCAAUUUCACUCAGCAACACAUGCCAUACUUCCGGAAGCGGAUGGUCUGGGAGAUCCUCCACCGAAAGCUCUUGUGAAGACUGCCUCAGUUAGCAGACAGUGACCUUGUGGGGGACCAGCUCUUUGUUGUCUACAGCCAGAGACCUUGCAAACAACUGUUCCCAACCCUCUGUUCUUGUAAAGCCCUUGAUACUGGACCAGGCCCUGGCGAGAUGCAUUCACAAGCACAUCUGCCUUUCCUUUUGUAUCUCAGAUAAUAUUUUUGCAAAGAAACUUUGGUGCUGUGAAAGGGGUGA